AUGGGUAACAGAAUUGGGGCAGUCCUAGUAUCCCAAGACGGAGAUCAUUAUCCUUUCACCAAUAAACUUGCUUUUAAUUGCAUAAAUAACAUGAUAGAAUACGAGACAUGCAUUAUGGGUAUCCGUGAAACUAUAGAACAUAAGAUCAAGGUACUGGAGGUAUAUGGGGACUCUGCACUAGUAAUCUAUCAACUCAAAGCUGAAUGGGAGACGAGAGAUCCCAAGUUGAUUGAUUAUCGAAAGUUGGUUCUCGAGUUAAUUAAGGAGUUUGAUGACAUCAUCUUCUGCUACCUUUCGCAAGAUGAAAAUCAGAUGGUCGAUACCUUCGCUACCUUAGCUUCCAUGAUUAAAGUGAACAAACAAGAGGAUAUAAAACCUAUCCAGAUGAGCAUUUAUGAGGCCCCAGCCUAUUGUUACAACAUCGAAGAAGAAGAAAAAAAUUACCACCCUUGGUACCAAGAUAUAUUGCGAUAUGUAAAGAAUCGUGAAUACCUUGAGCAAGCAACACAGAAUGACAAAAGGAUUCUAAGAAGGCUGACCAAUAAAUACGUUCUAGAUGGGGAGAUCUUGUAA